AGCUGAGCUGACUGACAGCGGCGGAUCUGAGCAAAACAAACAAACCGUGGAUUAGUGUUUCUUGUGCUUUAUUCAAAAUCUCUAUUCAUAAAAUUUCCUCGUUUGUUUCAAUUAUUGCAAAAGUCUUAACAUACCAUCAAUUGAUGCAACAUUGUGGAAACCCGAACCAUGGACCCUGCCGCCCUGCACGAAAAGAAAAUGAAAAUUUCUGCCAAACUUUUGGGCCUAUGUCGAACCUGUUUGACCGCGGAAAACGAAUCGGAAGCGGAUCUGUACCCGAUAAGCGACAUCUUCCUGGAGGAAGAUGAGCUGACCAGCCAAGUGCAGUCGUUCGAGGAAGUCUUGUGUCUGUUCGUCGACAAUGAGGUUGGCCAUCAAAAGGAUCGGCUCCCGAAAAUUAUGUGCUUGACAUGCAUCGAGAAGGCGCGAUCUGCAUUUCAAUUUAUCGAAAUGUGCCGCCAGACGGACACUCUGCUGCUAGAGCUUCUAAACGACCAUAAAGAGGAACAGGAUACAAAACCAAUCAUAAAUGACGAACGGUUAGCAGACAAUGAAGACAACGAACAAAAACCGGAAAUCAUUAUUCCUGAAACAACACAGCAAGUAUAUGAGCAAUUAGUAAUUGAAGAAACUCCAAUGGAAGUUCCAGUACAAGCCGAAGAACAUUUGGAAUCAGAAGUUGUUUCAUUGGAAAAUCAACCUCAAUUAACUACGAAACAAAAGCAAAGGCAUAUUUGUGAUGUGUGUCAAAAAUCUUUCACACAGUCGCAAACUUUGAACCGCCAUAAGAAAAUCCACUCCAGGGAUAGUGAACCCGGGAAGGUAUGUGGAUACUGUGCCAGAAUGUUCUUGCGUUCGGACGAUUUACGUCGUCAUAUCCGAACGCAUACCAAUGAGCGUCCGUAUGCAUGUGAUCACUGCAAUAAGGCCUAUAAGCAAUCGUUCGAGCUGAAAGAACACAAGGCAUUGGCACAUCCGGAAUCGGGCGUUCGGAAGUAUCUGUCUUGUACAAUAUGCAAUAAACAACUGACCACCCGGAACGGUUUGUACGUCCACAUGAAAGCACACCGAGGGGAGAAGAACCACGCAUGCAUAUACUGCGAAAAACGGUUCAUCACAACGGGGGAGCUUUCUUCCCAUAUGAAGCACAUUCAUCCGAGUGAAGUAAAUGCAGAGCAGUUUCCCUGUGGCGUUGGGGAGUGUAUGAGGAAGUUCGUCACGAAGGCCGCUCUGCGACAUCAUCGUAAUACCAAGCACGGGAUGAAAGACGAAACGAAAUGUGAGCGAACUGACGAAUCUGAUUAAUAGUUGGGCCAUCGGCUUCCGUGCGAAAGGAUGUUGAGCAGCAUUAGAUUUUUGUUGAGUAUGAAUUUGGAAAAUAUCGUGGUUUAAAAAAAUUAGGACGAGUAGAUGAACGGCAGCGGCGAGAAAUUUGACUGAUACUCCGACGAAGAACAUGUGCCGAUAUUGAAACUUAUUACUUUACAAAAAGACAAACAAAUGGUAAGUGUCGGCAGCACACUCUUUAAUUUGUACGAGAAGGUACAUACUUUUACACGUCAUAUAAAUUACAAUAUACUAAAACCUUAUUCUUAAUUGUAGAUUACCGAAUAUUUUUAUUGGGAGUGCGCGUCAAGAAAACAUGAUAAAAUUUGCGACUCUGUUUACAAAAGCCGUGUGAUCACUCAUCUUCAAAAUGGUGCCCAUGUUCUAAUUGAUUACAAGACAGCUCAACAAAAUUAGGCUGAAACGAGCAGCACUUGCCUCAAGAGAAGUCCCAUCGGAAAUCACAAGAAAAGUUGUAUCGCGGCAUGUACCAGACUAGUUCAGACCAGAACAUCGACUUGGGCACAGAAAAUGAUGAUUGCAAGAAACAGAGAGCGAAAGACAUAUCCGACUGGAACAGCCGUGUCACUACAUCACAAAUGACUAUCUGCCAUAUCCAAGAAUUCAGAAAGCGAACAAAUGCAUUAAAGGCAACGAACCGCAAAAACUGGCUUUCCGCAGUAUACGUAGAUACGUAGAUACCAUCUCGCGAUAUGGUCGAUCUACAAUGCCGUGAGGGAGAAGCUGUCAAUGAAUGCCCUGGAAGCGUGGAACCGGCGGUGGACAAAAAUUGUGGGGGACAAUCUUUCGACCAUCACUAACAUAAUAAUCGAUUUGCGUGAGGAGCAGAAAGAAAUCGAAGGAAGAAUUCAGCGUAUUUAGCAAGGUAAUGUUACACAAGCGUCGCAAAAUUACAUACAU